UCAUCGGCAGCCAGGAGGGGUGAGGUGAUCCUGCUGCUGCUGCUCCGCCGGUGUCAUGGCUUCCUAACAGGACCGGGAGGCGAUCCACUGCGAACCGAGGAUUUCUGCUUGCCCCUGACACAUCCACGCUCCUCUCUAGCGACUGAGAUCCGGGCUUGAGGGGCUCGCUCGCCCCUGUGAUCCAGGACACGCGUGAUUCUUAUUGUCGACUCGUUCCAUCGGUAAACGGCGGAAGAUGGCCGACCCGGCGGAGUGCACCAUCAAAGUGAUGUGCCGUUUCAGGCCCCUGAACAGCUCCGAGGUGACUCGGGGAGACAAGUACAUUCCCAAAUUCCAAGGGGAGGACACCGUCGUGAUCGGGGGCAAACCAUAUAUGUUUGACCGAGUCUUUCAGUCGAGCACGACACAGGAACAAGUUUACAACGCCUGCGCCCAAAAGAUUGUAAAAGAUGUUUUGGAGGGAUAUAACGGAACCAUUUUUGCGUACGGGCAGACAUCCUCUGGGAAAACGCACACAAUGGAGGGGAAUCUCCAUGACACAGAUGCAAUGGGAAUUAUCCCCAGGAUAGUUCAAGAUAUCUUCAACUACAUCUACUCCAUGGAUGAGAACCUGGAGUUUCAUAUCAAAGUCUCAUAUUUUGAAAUUUACCUCGACAAGAUCCGGGAUCUUUUGGAUGUUUCAAAGACAAAUCUGUCAGUGCAUGAAGACAAAAACAGAGUUCCUUACGUCAAGGGCUGCACUGAGAGGUUUGUUUGCAGUCCUGAGGAGGUCAUGGACACAAUCGAUGAAGGCAAAUCCAACAGACAUGUAGCAGUCACAAACAUGAACGAGCACAGUUCCAGGAGUCACAGCAUCUUCCUGAUCAACGUCAAGCAGGAAAACACUCAGACGGAGCAGAAGCUCAGCGGCAAACUCUAUCUGGUGGAUCUGGCUGGCAGUGAAAAGGUCAGUAAAACUGGAGCGGAGGGAGCCGUGCUGGACGAGGCCAAGAACAUUAACAAGUCGUUGUCGUCUUUGGGGAACGUCAUCUCCGCCCUGGCGGAGGGCACGGCCUACAUCCCCUACCGAGACAGCAAGAUGACCCGUAUCCUGCAGGACUCGCUGGGCGGCAACUGUCGAACCACUAUUGUCAUCUGCUGCUCGCCUUCCUCCUACAACGAGGCCGAAACCAAAUCCACCCUUAUGUUUGGGCAAAGAGCAAAGACCAUCAAGAACACGGUCACUGUCAACAUCGAGCUGACAGCAGAACAGUGGAAGCAGAAGUACGAGCGUGAGAAGGAGAAGAACAAGACGCUGAGGAACACGGUCACUCGCCUGGAAAAUGAGCUCAACCGCUGGAGGAACGGAGAGAGCGUGCCGGUGGAGGAGCAGUUCGACAAGGAGAAGGCCAACGCCGAGGUGAUGGCCCUGGACAACAUCAUCAAUGACAAGCCGGCGUCCACUCCCAACGUCCCUGGCGUUCGCCUCACUGAUGUGGAGAAGGACAAGUGUGAGGCAGAGCUCGCCAAACUCUACAAGCAGCUGGACGACAAGGAUGAGGAGAUCAAUCAGCAGAGCCAGCUGGCAGAGAAGCUGAAACAGCAGAUGCUGGACCAGGAGGAGCUCCUGGCCUCGUCACGGCGCGACCAUGAAAACCUCCAGGCCGAGCUGAACCGUCUGCAGGCAGAGAAUGAGGCCUCCAAGGAGGAGGUGAAGGAGGUGCUUCAGGCCCUGGAGGAGCUGGCCGUCAACUAUGACCAGAAGAGCCAGGAAGUGGAGGAUAAGACCAAGGAGUUUGAGGUUAUCAGCGAGGAGCUCAGCCAGAAGUCCUCCGUCCUCUCCUCGCUGGACUCUGAGCUCCAGAAGCUGAAAGAAAUGUCCAACCACCAGAAGAAGAGAGUGACGGAGAUGAUGUCAUCGCUGCUCAAGGACCUCGCCGAGAUCGGCAUCGCUGUGGGCAGCAACGACAUCAAGCAACAUGAGGGCGGCAGCGGCCUGAUAGACGAGGAGUUCACCGUGGCCCGGCUCUACAUCAGCAAGAUGAAGUCUGAAGUGAAGAGCAUGGCCAAGCGCUGCAAGCAGCUGGAGAGCACCCAGUCGGAGAGUAACAAGAAGAUGGACGAGAACGAGAAGGAGCUGGCCGCCUGUCAGCUGCGCAUCUCACAGCAUGAAGCGAAAAUCAAGUCGCUCACCGAGUACCUGCAGAAUGUGGAGCAGAAGAAGAGGCAGCUGGAGGAGAAUGUGGACUCUCUGAAUGAGGAGCUGGUCAAGAUGAGUGCUCAGGAGAAAGUCCACGCCAUGGAGAAGGAGAACGAGAUCCAGACGGCAAAUGAAGUCAAGGAAGCGGUGGAAAAGCAGAUCCACUCUCACCGUGAAGCCCACCAGAAGCAGAUCAGCAGCCUGAGAGACGAGCUGGACAACAAGGAGAAGCUCAUCACAGACCUGCAGGAUCAGAACCAGAAGAUCAUGCUGGAGCAGGAGAGACUGAGAGUGGAGCAUGAGAAGCUAAAGUCGACCGACCAGGAGAAGAGCCGGAAACUACAUGAGCUCACGGUGAUGCAGGACAGAAGGGAGCAGGCCCGACAAGACCUGAAGGGCCUGGAGGAGACAGUGGCCAAAGAGCUGCAGACCCUGCACAACUUGAGGAAGCUCUUUGUUCAGGAUCUGGCCACCAGAGUGAAAAAGAGUGCUGAGAUGGACUCGGACGACACUGGGGGAAGUGCGGCGCAAAAACAGAAAAUUUCCUUUCUUGAGAACAAUCUUGAGCAACUCACCAAGGUUCACAAACAGCUGGUGCGUGACAAUGCAGACCUGCGUUGUGAGCUUCCUAAACUGGAAAAACGUCUUCGAGCUACGGCUGAGCGGGUCAAGGCCCUGGAGUCUGCUCUAAAGGAGGCCAAGGAGAACGCCGCCCGCGACCGCAAGCGCUACCAACAGGAGGUGGACCGCAUCAAGGAGGCAGUCAGGGCCAAGAACAUGGCCAGGCGGGGACACUCGGCCCAGAUCGCUAAACCUAUCCGGCCAGGACAGCAGCCUGUGGCGUCCCCUACUCACCCAAACAUCAACCGCAGCGGUGGAAGCUUCUACCAGAACAGCCAGCCGGUUUCUAUCCGGGGCGGCGGCAGCACCAAGACCGAUAAGAACUGAUCAGCAGAAGAAGCCAACACGCUCCUCCUCCUCCUUCCUCCCGACAACCUGUCAUUCCAUAACAGAGGACGGACUCUUCAUCGCUGCUUCUACGUCGCCGAGGAGUCUCUGAAUUAUAAAUAUAUAAAUAUAAAUAUUCCCGGGUCUGUACAGCUCCUCCCCCUUGCCUCCCCACCCUCCCCCCUACUCUCUUCCUGGUUAUAUAAUAUUAAGAAAAAAACAUUUUCAUUCGCAACAUUCUGUUGUCACAACCAAACACAGUGUCGAGCGCAGCCGGAACCGACUCGAAUGUGCUGCUUCGGCUUUUUUUCUCUACCCCCUCCUCCCAACCUCUACCUCCCCCAUCACCCGCCUCCUCUACGCACAGUCAGUCGUCAUCUGUCGCCGGUUUGUUUUGCACUGUGCCAAGCUGAAUGUAACGGUAGCAAGAUCACACCUACGAAGAAAAAGACCAAAAAAAUCCUCACCUGGAGAACUAGCUUGACCCCGUAGGCUGCCCUCUGUGCUUCUGAAGAUAUUAACCGACACUCUUGAUGCGUAACGAAAAAAAAACAAAACAAAAAAAGAC